AACUGUUAGCUGACCCAGGCUAGGCGGCUGUAGUGAAUCCGACCCUCCGAACUUCCUUCAGCUUCAAACAAACAGAAAGGUGAAUUUCUAUUCCUGAUAAUUCAGAGAAAAUAAACCGAACUGUAGGUUUUAUUAAAGUUAAUGUUUGUGUUUGAUCCGGUGAAGCUAACACUGACGAGUGAGUUUGUCAUUCAGGAGGAUUACUGAAGCUAAAGCUAACAAAGCUGCUCUCCGCCUCUGAGAGACUUCCUCUACAAACUAAACCUUUUUAUUCUUCUUUAUCUUCUUCUUUUUCUUCUUAAAGGUUUAAACUGAGUGUCCUCCGGGUAACACGUCAUCAGAUUAACUUCAUUUAUUCACAAACAUGAACUAUAACCGCCGAUCUUUGCUGAAAACUGUCAGAGUAAUCCUGAUCUGAGGUGUUCUGAACAAAUCUGCUGCUGUGACAAAAACGGAUCAUUUAAUCCAUAACAGAGGUCAUCGAUCACCGCAGUUUAAUGACGUUUUUAUAUAAAAUUAUGUUUUUUUUAUUGGUGUAAAGAGGUGAGCCGACUUUAGGUUCAGUCUAACAGUUUUAUUAAAGUCAUGAACUCAAAUAGAGACUAAAAAUCAUUUAAAAAUCCUUAAAGUCUAAAAGCUUUAAGUAAAAAAUCACUGACAGAAAGUCUUUAAAUCUGAAAAUUAAAAAUAAAGUCUGUAAAUCAGCAGUUUAAUACUUUAGUCCUGAUUCGUUUAGUCAAAGUUAAACCAGUUUUAAAACGUCGACUCAAAGUUUGUGAGAUAAAGAACCUUUUAUUAAAGUUGAGGUAUUUUGGCAGCAGAUUAAAUGAUGUGAUGGUUGAGCCUGUUUUGUAUCUUCAGUAGAGAUUAAAUGAGCAGAUGUUUUCCCUUGUUGUAUGAAGACAGUAAGAAAAUCAAAACCUGAUCUUUGUGGAUAAUAUUAAAAUUUUAAUAUCGUAUAAAAACCGAUUUAUGACAAAAAUUCGUUCCUGGCAAAAGUCAAUUUAUAAUGGUCUUCGUUAUGUUCAUAUUUGUCAUCAUGUUGAUCAGCUUCCACUUCAGAGGACUCGCUCACAAUGCCUCAGACCAACAAGUCAGCAAGUGGGUGCAGUCUGCCGGGUCAGGUGUCUGCUCCAGACCAAGGUGAGCCACCACCGCCAACGCCACCGCCGCAGGAUGUCAGGGCUCAUGUUGGAGAAAGAGGCGAAGAAUCAGAGGAUCAGGGAGACCCGGAGAUCAUCAAAUCACCCAGUGACCCUAAAAAAUACAGGUGAGACAUGAACAACCAGAGCCUUAAAAUUACAGGUGAGACGUCAUAAUCCAGAGACAAAGACAUUUUAAGGUUACGUUGUGUUUUGAGUUUUUUGUGUUGUUUUGUAUUUUAUGGGAUUGAUUGUGUCUCUUUGAGGAACCACUGAUCUGUGUUGUUUGUAUAAUUGGGUUUGUCGUUUAUUUUUGUCGUCUGUGUAAUUGUUGUUUGUGUGUAUUUGUGUAAUUUUUUUUGUGUGUAUUUGUGUGAUUGUUGUUUGUGUGUAUUUGUGUGAUUGUUGUUUGUGUGUAUUUGUGUGAUUGUUGUUUGUGUUAUUUAUUUUUGUCAUUUGUGUUAUUGCGUUUGUCUUUUGUGUAAUUGUCGUUUGUGUGUCCUCCUGCCCUCACGGUUGUGUCCUCGUUCUCUGCAGAUACAUCGAGUUGAGUAACGGACUCCGAGCGCUCCUCAUUUCUGACUUCAGCGGGUCGGACGGGACGGGAGGAGAGGACAAGGGGGAGGAGGAGGAUGGACAGCAGGAGGAGGAGGGUGAGGGGGAGGAUGGUGAGGAGGAAGGAGACUCUGGGGAGGGUUCAGAGGAGGAUGAGGAGGAAGAUGAAGAGGAGGAGCAGGACAGCGACUUUGAUGAGCUGGAGGAGGAGAGUGUGGUGAAGAAGAAGAAAGGGAGCUCCGAGAAGCAGGUGAGAAAUCAGACAGACGACGUAAGGCCGUCACAUGUUUACAGAUCUGUGGAACAAUCAGGAACAAGAACACAAAGUUUUCACAGCGCUGCAGUCGGCGACCUCAGCCUUUAGUUUGAUUUGUACUCCGAUUAAAAAAAAAAAAAAACACCAGCAGGAGAAGAAGAGAUGUUAGUCCUCGACAACAAGGUGCUCUGUUUAAUUAAAAGUCUUUUAAACUAUUUUAAAUAUUAAAAAGUUAUUAAAAGUCUUUUAAACUAUUUUUAACUAUUAAAAAGUUAUUAAAAGUCUUUUUAACUAAUUUAAAUAUUAAAAAGUUAUUAAAAGUCUUUUAAACUAUUUUAACCAUUAAAAAGUUAUUAAAAGUCUUUUAAACUAUUUUAAAUAUUAAAAAGUUGUUUCUGCAGGAGUUAGAAUCAGCAAGAUUUCCCCACAUCCUGUUAGUUUGUUUUGACGACACACUGUGUGUUUGUGUAUUUGUGUGUGUUCACGUGUGUGUGUGUCUGUUAGGCUGCAGCUGCUCUCUGUAUCAGCGUUGGAAGCUUCAGUGACCCCGAUGACCUUCCUGGCCUCGCCCACUUCCUGGAGCACAGUGAGUCAAUUCAGGUUUUACCUGUCAGCGAGGGUGUGUGUGUGUGUGUGUGUGUGUGUGUGUGUGUGUGUGUGUGUGUGCAUAUCUGCCAACAUUCUGGUUCUAAACUGCGGUCAGUUUUGAGCUCAUUAUGAGAGGAUUUCAGAUUAAAUAAUAAUAAUAAUAACAAUAAUAAUAAUAAUAAUACUAAUAUCUCUGAUCUGACCUUGUUUAGUCCUCUAACAUUAAAGUCCUCCUCUGUCCUCCAUCCUCUCUCUCCUGUUUGAGUCUCUCUGAACGUCUGUAUGUGAAAUACAGCGCUCUGUUAUCUGAGGCUGCCCUGAACGCAUCACUGCGAGACGCUGAGAGACGAUCAUCGUAAAUAUUCCAUCUCAGCUUUGUUUCCCUUUCAUUAAAGUGUUGAUUUUACAACAAACACUGUUUAAAUAAAGUUUACAGCUUCAACCUCAAUCAUCCAAAACUGUCAAAGGACCGAACCAGAGUCUGUGAGGCUCAGCAGGAACACACAACGAUCUUCAGGAAACUUCAGACUGAUAUAGAGAUCUGAUCCAUGGAUGAUGGAGGACCAUCAAACUACAGAAGAUCCAUGAAUGAAGGAGGACCAUCAAACUACAGGAGAUCCAUGAAGGAGGACCAUCAAACUACAGGAGAUCCAUGAAUGAAGGAGGGCCAUCAAACUACAGGAGAUCCAUGAAUGAAGGAGGGCCAUCAAACUACAGGAGAUCCAUGAAGGAGGACCAUCAAACUACAGGAGAUUCAUGAAGGAGGACCAUCAAACUACAGGAGAUCCAUGAAUGAAGGAGGACCAUCAAACUACAGGAGAUCCAUGAAGGAGGACCAUCAAACUACAGGAGAUCCAUGAAGGAGGACCAUCAAACUACAGGAGAUCAUGAAUGAAGGAGGACCAUCAAACUACAGGAGAUCCAUGAAUGAAGGAGGACCAUCAAACUACAGGAGAUCCAUGAAGGAGGACCAUCAAACUACAGGAGAUCCAUGAAGGAGGACCAUCAAACUACAGGAGAUCCAUGAAGGAGGACCAUCAAACUACAGGAGAUCCAUGAAGGAGGACCAUCAAACUACAGAAGAUCCAUAAAUGAAGGAGGACCAUCAAACUACAGGAGAUCCAUGAAGGAGGACCAUCAAACUACAGGAGAUCCAUGAAGGAGGACCAUCAAACUACAGGAGAUUCUGGAGAAAUGAUGAUACAGGAGGAGGGCGAAGGGAGAUCGGUCUGAAAUACGGGAGAAAAUACAGGGAAGAAAAACACACAGAGUGUCGGCAGGUACGGAGGCGUGUCUUUACUCUGAUGAUGGAGACGAGUGCAGAAUGAGAAGAUGUUGACAUUAGAGUAAGACUCAGGACUAACCCACUCAGGACUAACCCACUCAGGACUAACCCACUCAGGACUAACCCACUCAGGACUAACCCACUCCUGACAGCAGUUUGAAACAGACUCGAGGAUUGUUGAAGGUUAUUGACACUGAUGUGAGCAGACGGAGAUCUUCACGGAGAUGUUGACCUCCAGACCUCUUCAUGUGGAUCUGUGUGAAGGUUCUUCAUGUCCACAGUCUCUCAGCAGGAACCAUCUGAGCUCUCUAAAAUCUGUACAGGGUCAAAGGUGAAGCAGAAACACAGACUCGUCUCUGAUUGGACUGAGCGCAGAUCUCCAGGUGUUCAGGGUCAAAGGUUAAGGAGGAACAACUCCUUCAGAGUCUCCUCACAGACAGUCAUGUGAUCUAAAACCAGUCUGGGGGUCCAGAGUUGGACCUUGACCUGUUAGUUUGUUGACCUUCAUCUUUCUUCUUCUCCUCCUCCAUCUUGGCGUUCAGUGGUCUUCAUGGGCAGUGAGAAAUACCCGGCGGAGAACGGUUUCGACGCCUUCCUGAAAAAACACGGAGGAAGUGACAACGCCUCGACCGACUGUGAGAGGACCAUCUUCCAGUUUGACGUCCAGAGGAAGUUCUUCAGAGAGGCGCUUGACAGGUGAGUCCCACCCACCUGACCCACACCAGAACCACACCAGAACCACACCUGACCCACCUGAACCUUCGUGUUAGUGUUGUUGUGUUUUACCUGUCCCUCUCUCUCUCUCUGAUCUUCACGUGGUCCUGGUUCUUCUCGUGGUCCACAGGUGGGCUCAGUUCUUCAUCUGUCCCCUGAUGAUCGAGGACGCCGUGGACCGAGAGGUGGAGGCGGUGGACAGCGGUGAGUCUUUACUGGAAAGAACUGGUUUCUGUUGAAGGACUGGGACUCUCCCAGUUUAUCUCCAGGUGAUAACGCCACACCUUUCUGCCCCUCCCCUCUCGCUCCAUGGCUCCUCCCUCUCUCCAUGGCCCCGCCCCCUUCUCUCUCUCAGAGUACCAGCUCGCUCGGCCGUCAGACUCUCACAGGAAGGAGAUGCUCUUCGGGAGUUUCGCUAAACCGGGACAUCCUAUGAGUAAAUUCUGCUGGGGUAAGAUCU